AUGAAUGGGACCGCCGCCGGCGCAAAUGCCGCGAACUUAUCCAGUGCGGGUUCCAUGGAUCCUUCCGAGGCAGCUAGGAAUCCUGAGCGCGCCUUGAUCGGAUCUCUGGUUGACUCAUACCCGUUCAAAGAGGGUGGACUUGUCAAGAAAACGAUCAGCGUCCAAUUCAGAAGCGUCCCGCAUCAUCUCGUCUCCUACUAUACAGUUCAAGAUGUCAUGAGCGGCGCCCUCGCCACACCAACAUCGCACUCGGGCUUUCUACGGAAUAUCGUUCCCCGGCCCGAGCUCAUUCUCAACCAAAACUUCAGAGCGCCCAUCGAUGAAGUAGAUGUAGACGACAAUCGUCUAAUACAGCAUCCGUUGAGCAGUGCGCAUCAGGAGUAUGUGAACCACAUGCACCCUCCUACCUUCCGGACCUGGUCAGUACCUCACGUCAACAUGGCUGUGGCCAACUCGAGACAAUGGCCCACCGCCAUGGUUCCCGCCCAGCAACAACAAAUGCCACCCCCGCAGCAUGCGCAGUACCUGCAGACACAUCCAGGGGCUAUGGCAGCCCCCAUGCCCCCACCGAAUUACGCACAACCUUCAACGCACCACCAAUAUGCCUACCAGGACGGUGUCAUGCGCCCUCAGGUGACGACGUCUUCGACGCUGGCUCCAGAUGUCUACAGAAACAUGCUUGUAGACCAGCCACUCUCCCGCCGGCACUCCACGGCCUAUGACUUGAGCAACUCGAGCCACGCCAUCGGGCUCGCUCAGACGAUGACCAACAGCCCAGUGGACCCAAUCAGAAACAUGAAUCAUCCCUUCAUGCAAGCUACGCCUAUCUACGGCAAUAGCGGGCGUCUGCAGGAGCCAGUGCAGCAUUCGGACGCAUUCCCCUCGCCCCGAACACUGCCUCAGCAAGAACCUAGUCUCGAUGGCUCUCAGCAGCAUUCUGCGAAUCUCAAACUGGAAGGAGAAGAAUCGCAUAUGCAGCACAACAAUUCUUGGGGCACGUAUGAUGUAGCGGCUACUCAUGAUGUGUUCUUGGGUGGCACCAAUACUGAUCAAAGUCAACCAUUUUUGAAUCCAGAAGGCGAGGAGGAACAAUACGAUGAAAAUAAUCCUCCACCCACUUGGCCGCCAGGUUCCAAUAAUUCCAUGGGGAGACUGUAA